UGAUUGACAGGCCGUCCUUGCCCAGUCAACAAUAGAAACGGGAGUGGCCUGCGUCAAUGUGCGGCGGUCUACAGAAAGGGAAUGGGCGUGUCUGUAAGGCAUAACGACCAAUCAAGAAUUGGGUGGGACUGCCAAGGCCGCUCGUGCAGCUGCGGAGGGGCGGGGCCGCGUUCAGGGGCGGUGGGGAGAGAGGGCGCAAAUGAGAAAGCAGAGUGAGAGGAGAGAGAAAAAAGAGACGGUAGGGAUGUGUGUGAGUGUGCGGUGAUCGGUGCCGCAGGUACAGUCAGAGCCGGACACAGGUUUUAUAGCCGCACCGGACCGCGGCAAGACCGCCUUGGAGCUUGCCUCAAUUCCUCUUCAUCCCCCCCCAAACAACCCUCUGCAAUGUCUGGCGGAGGAGAGGUACGCGUCCUUCGCCAAGAGGCCGGACAAGAGAGCCCGAGGAUGCCGGCCUGGAAGCGAGAGAUCCUGGAGAGGAGGAAGGCGAAGGGCGGCGGGUCUGGGGGAGCCGGUGCCGCUGAGACAAGCCCCAGCGGUGCGGGCCCGCAGCGGGUUAACGGUGAGAUGACGGGAAAUGUGAACGGCAGCAGCAGCAGCGGCGGACCCAACAGAGACAGUGGACCGAGCGGCGGGUCCGGGCGGAACUACACCAUCAGCACGGCCAGCCAGCACUUUGCGAAUAACAAAGAGACACGACCGGCGGCCGCGGAGAGGGCGACACCGAGGGAGGACGAGAGACAAGAGAGCCUAGUGCUACAGGAAAGCCUAGGCCCUCUGGAGGAGAACCCGUUCAUCAAGCUGGAGAAGGAGCGGAGGAGGCGACAGGACCGAGAAAACGCCGCUCGUCCGGUCCAGCACAUCCUGGAGCUUUACGGCAGCGUUCCCGGUAUACGGACUAUCCGUGCAGAGAAUAUUAUCAUAAUUGAAUCGGAUCCAGAUUACUUUCCGGAAGCUGGAGGGGUAAAAACCGGGGCCAAAUGGCAACAAAACGGUGUCAGUAGUUACAGCUCUCUGAACGACCUCCUGGACCGGAGAGGGAGUGCUGUUACUGAGAUAAGAGCCAAGGAAGUGGUCAUUUAUGACACCACGUUAAGCAAGAGCGAGGAGAACUUGAGCACCCUGGGCCGCCCUGAUCAUGACGUCCCAUCAUAUGAGACAGGUGAGGGUCAAGGCAGGGUUAGCCGGAUGCUGCAGAAGUUUGACAGCAACUAUGGGAAGCUACAGAAGAAGUCCCACAGCACAGAGAACCUGCUGGACCUGGAUUGUAGUGCCAGCAGCAGGCCAAGACUCUGGCCCAAGCCAGAGCAAGAUCUGGUGCCAAAGCCCAGGCCAGGCCCAUCGGUCAGCAGCCCGGGCAGCAGCCACCCAUCGUCGCCCGUCUUCCAGAGUCCCUGGUCUUCCAAACCAAAGCCACAGCCUGCUGUCUCUGAGCCAGGCAGCCCCCAGCGUCUCCCUGGGUCCCCACAGUCUGUGUCUUCAUUCCGCCAGCGGUUUGAGGAGAGUGGGGGCCUUGGCGUGUCUGUCACCCCCAGAGAUGAGACAGACAGGGGGUUAACCAAGCCCACCACAGAGAGAGACUGGGAGGGCACCGAGGUGCCACCCAAACCAAAGGUGCCAUGCUCUCCGGAGACCCAUAGUGCCCGUGCCGAGUCCCCCUCAAGCCCUAUCUCAUCCAAGGUGGCCCGCUCCUCACCUUACUUUGAGAUCCGUCCCUCUCCAAAGCCAGACCUAGACCGUAUUCCUGAUGGGGACACCCAGGCACGGGCCCUCGCAAACCUGCGCCUGCAGUCCCGAAACUCCUUCACAGUGAUUCCUGCUCGCCACCCCCAAGCAGCCUCAUCUGCAGCAAGCAGCCCAGCACCAUCUGGCCCCAUCAAGUCCCCUCCCUCCCACAGAGUGGCAGAGGUGCCCACGCCAGGAGUGCCAACUUCCCACAGCCCUACACCCACUCUGACCCCCUCAAAGAGGAAGGAGGAGAAAGAGCAGGAAGAGAAGGAGGUGGAGAGGGUAGUAAGGCCAUCCAAGCCUGAACCACCUCCUUCUGCUGCCACAAGUCCUGCACCUCCUCCAACCUCAGAACCUUUGUCUCCAUCUCCUGCUCUCACCCCAGCUCCCUCCUCUCCACCUGCCCUGUCUUCACCCCCCUCUUCUCCGGCUGUCCCAUCCUCACCCCUUUUCUCUCCACCUGCCCCAUCUCCCGUCCCCUCAGACUCUCCAGCCCCAUCUCCUGUCCCCUCUACCCCAUCCCCAGCUCCAGAACAACCUCCCGUGGAUCAGCUGCCAGUAACAAACAUAGACGACAUUGAGGUGGAGCCCCCGCAGCGUGUCCCCGUCCCCAGUCCCAUGGUGCAGAGAAAGAAGGGGAACACCUUCACUGUGGUGCCUACACGUACGCCGAAGACCGAGGCCCAGCCAAGAUCACCUGAGCCCCAGCAAGAAGCCUCAACUGAGGCUGCACCGGGGUCCACACCCCCGCAGGCCCCCUAUGCUCAGCUGGGCUCCCUGCUGAAGAAGCGUUACCCUGCUGUGGAGGAGAUUGAGGUCAUCGGUGGUUACCUGUCUCUGGAAAAGUCCUGCCUCUCUAAGACGGGCUCCACGGGCAAGAAGCUCAAAAUCUCCUUCAACGAGUCGAGUCUCCAGAGCACAUACGAGUAUCCGUCGGAGAGCAGCGCGUGGGACAGCGGGGAGGAGGACGAGGAGGAGAAACGAGACGGGAAGAUGGCGGACGAACAGCCAAGCAUGGUGGGACGCAUCCACAUCCCUCGACCCAGUUUCACCGGCUCGCCCACGCACACGGCCAACAGCAACGACCUUUCCAGCUACAUUCCCAAGCACUCGGUGGACUUCAGCGCCUGGCAGGAGCACAAACAUGACGACAGUGUUUACCAGGAAGAAACCACUUCCCAGCAGACACAGAUGACAGAGGAAGUUAUGCUCACACCGGCAGACAGCUCCUCCCUGUCUGACUACAGCAGCGAGCCCGCUCUUUACUUCUGAUCAGUCGGACCAACCAGCUGUACAGUAGCUUUACAGCAUCACACUCGUGGGACCAGACUGCAGCCGGAGCCCAGAGGAGGUCCAGGUCUACACUCCAGCCAUCCCGAAGCACAUCUUCCUGAUCAGAAAGGACAAAUUGUUGGGUUUGUUUUUUUUUCUUUUUUUUUUUCUUUUUAGGCUGAUUUCCUGCCACGGUACCACUACAUGCCACGUUAUCAACUGCAUAUCAGAGCAGCACAGCUUUUUGCCAGGUGGCUGGUGUUUGAUUCCCACCUUCUUUUUUGACCUGACGCAACAAAACCCAAAAGCAGCUGGACUGUCUUUCCCACUCUGAUCCUGGGCAGUUGACCUGUCAGCCUCCCUCCCUACUCACCCUCACUUAACAAGUUAUCUGACAGAAUCAAAUCGAUUGUGAAAAUCCGGCGAGACGUUCGUCUUCCUCUCCAGACUCUGGAAGAGGUCCACAGGGCUUCGUGUCUCUCCUGCUUCCAAGUCCGCAUCUCAGCUUCAACGUUUGCUUCAGGUUUUUCGGGCGAUGCUGGCGAGCAAAGGAGUUUAAAGCGAUCGACCCAGCCUCCUUUUUAAAAGAACAGGAAGCCAGCAGUGCCCAUGUGUAAGUAUCGCCACGGUGACAGAGUUCAGUGUUAGCAUGGAAACAUGUCAUUAGGACGUUCUCCAGAAAUGUAGAACCUGGAGGACCAGUCCGCUUGCGUACAGUAGAUCGACAGCAGACUCAAAAACACAAAAACAAAAAAAUGGUUAAAGGGUGCCACAAUUGUAGUUUUUUUUUUUUUUUUGUCUUUGUUUUUGUAUCUGCAUGUUUUGAUUUCAUCCAACACCUCCGUUGGUUCUCUUUUACUGUAAAGCUUCGAUAUGCCUUUUUAGUUUUGUAUGUUUUCUGGCAAACUAUGCUGUACUGAAGCUGCUGGACGUUCUGUAGAAGAGUCUUAACGGCAAGCAAACUUCAACACACUUCCCCUCUUUGUGACAAGGGAGGAAACAUAUGCACCCUUGGGGAAGAUCUCCGUCAAUCGGUAGCAACUCUGAUCCCUGAUCAAAUGCUUGAAAAAGUGACCUUGGCCAAUAAUGUCUGUAUGUCCGUAUUGCUGGUGACAAACAAAACAUCAUACUGUUGAAUGUUUCUGUAUAUCUUCUAUCAAGGUUAUCUGUGUCACGUCGUUUACCGAAAGCUGUUCGACCUCCUGACACCUUUUUCUCUGGCUUCUUGUGUAUUUAUUCCUGCUUCAAGUUGAAGUUUGCAUGUCUGAGACCUGUUCAUGUACAAAAAAAAAAAAAAAAAACGUUUUCGUAAAGGAACCUUUGCUGGUAUGGAAGGAACCGGACGGGUCCAAACAGCCCCACCGGAGUUUUUUUUUUGUUUGUUUGUUUGUUUUUUCUCCCAGUCGGACCUCAUGUACUUUCACAUUCCACAGAGAAAGAAGCCGGUCCAUUGAAGUAACGAAGGCAACAGUGAUUAUGAUUUAUUCAUAAUAUGACAUAUCUGUGAGAGCGAAUGCAAGUUUGUGUGUGUUUGAAAGAAUAUGUAAUGACUUUUUAAUUAAGAUUUUUUUAUAUACAAGAAUGCACCAAGUUUCCAGAUGAUUUUUUUUUUUUUAAACUCAUAAUGCCAACUGAUUAAAGUGUUGCUGUAACGGCCUCACAUUCAUUCUUUACACUCCCAGGAUCAACUCUACGGCCAGUAUUGUUGUACAGUUUCCACCAUAUUUUCAUAAAUAUGAACAUUUAUUUCUUACUUGUCUUUUUUUUUUUUUUUUUGAAGUUCUCCAAUCAGAUGAAGGUUGGAUUUUGCUGUUAGGAGAUAAAAUUUUGUCUUUUGUCUUUGUCCGAUGAAUUUAGGAAUCAUCUGUUUCGUCUGGAGUCUUGGAUGUUGAGUGUCUUUUGCACUGUCAUGCUUUUAGCUUUGUUUUGCACCUCAUGAAGGAACAGAGUCGGCGACAGAGGGAAUGUGCACUUCAAGAGCAAGAAGUGUAGUUGAAGAGUUUGGUUUCGAAUCAAUAGCCACUAUUGACACCUGUUAUUACACAACCAUUGACUGUGUGUCAGACACAAUAGAUGAGUAAACUUUUUUUUUAUCAAACUGAAUGAGUAGCAUUUUGGAAUAGAACUCUUCAAUUGUACACGAUGAAUGCCAUGACCAUUUUUUUACUCUUUGCUGCAGCCUUGCAUCUGAAGUCUUAUGAUUGUGACCACGAACAGUAAUCCACAUCCACACAGGUCCACGCUCCAUGUUUGACCUAACGUUACCUCAAAAAUCCCUGUAAAAAUCCUUCAUCGCCACUGUUAUUGGCCCAUUCAUCUGAUUGAAAUGCAUAUAUUUUACAGUGCUAUCUGCAAACCAUGAUACUGUCUCCUAGAAGUUUGAAUGUAUUUUUUAACCACUCCAGGCGUCCAUUAGAUUCCACUUCAUUUCAGUGGUAUGAAAAUCUACUCGACUCUUAAGUGUAUAGCUUGAAACUUUACACGUGUAGACUAUCACAGUGGGCAUCAGGUCACACUCUGCUGCAUCAAAAUGCAGCAGGGCCUUGUUGAAAUAAUUGUUUCUAUAAAACAGAAAUUUAAAUUUCUCUCUUCUUUCUUUAGAAAAAUCGAAACAUUUUCUGUUCUUACAAAAUACAUUUUUCAUUAAACAGGAAGCUAAAGUUAAUUCAAACUUAACGUUUCUAAAAACAAGCAGCUAAACAAAAGUUUCACAGUGUAAAACUGGUAAAAGUCUAAGACAAAACUGGAUAAAGAAGAUAAGGAAUCUGAGCAAGAAUUCUGUGCUCUAUACUUGGAACUGAAAACACAAUUCAGUCUCAGUAUUAAUGUUUAAUACCCAGCUAUCAAACGCAGUGCAGACUUUUCAAAACAAUAUGCACUUAAAAACCACAUUACCAUAAUGUAGAGUAACUGACUGACUAAUACAGGCUUGAUGUUCGCUGUGAUGGAUUACAAUAAAGUUUUCAAGAGUCUCAUUUUCAUACCAUGACUGAAUGAAGGGAAACUAAUGGCUGCUUAAAAGAGCAGAAAAAAACCCCACAAACCUGUACAACGUGUUUGAAAAUAUUCCAGCAGAAAUGUGAAUUACACAUGAUAUGUAGUUAUGGAGCUAAAACUUCCAAAUGCAUUAGUGUUCUUAAUGUUAAUUUGGUCCAUAGAAAAGACCCACUUGGACCUGCUGUGGAGCUGUGGUCACAUGACACACCUGUGGAUCCACCUGUGGUAACUGCUGCCUUCAACAAACAAAACCCCAAAGAGGACAUGGACUCUUUGUGGGAAUGUUUUUCCUCUCUGUCUUUCUGUGAGCUGAAGGACAAAAGAGGCAGAGUGAAUUGUGGGAAACCUCCCUGAUCGUCUUAAUUGACACCAGCAAGAACUUUUCUGAUGGCCAUUUACCGGCACAUAGAGACGAAUUCUCUCACUGCACUGUUUCCCCAUCUGUCUCCUCCUGUUUCGAAAUGAGCAGUUUGUGUUGGUCACACUGUAGCGACUCUGUGGUAGAAGCUCCAUCAUGUUCCCCCUUUACUUUUCCCUCGUCUGUAAAUCUACAUCACAGCAGAUGUGCUUACUGUAAAGUUAUCGUCAAUAAUUUGGGCAAAUAAAAAACAAAAAAGCAAAAAAACAUAAACAAAGUGAUGUCAUACUUGUACAAAUGAAAGUUCAAUAAAUAGAAGACUUGAACAAACA